GUUAGAUCUGGUGCCAUCUCAUCAAUCCAAGUAAGAAUUCAAAUUAAACGGCUACGAUCGAAUAUCUUAGGGUUCUGAUUCCACUGCUAAAGCUGGUUCGAAGCUUCUCUCUUGGUCUUUCCUCACACUAGAGAAAAUCUUCUGGAAAGCCUAAUUCUCUCGUAAAGUAAGAUGUCGCCUGUUGAUGAUGACAAGAAGGUCGCGGAGGAAGCUAAUGUUCAGGUUCUGAGCGACGACGACGACACUGAAGUGAAAGAAACAAAGCAAGGAGGAGAAGAAGAAGUUACUGGAGACGACGAUGAAGAAUUCGACGGUGAAGAAGAAGACGAUGAAGAUGAUGAUGAUGACGACGACGAGGACGACGAUGAUGAAGAGGAGGAGGAGGAGGAUCUUGGGACGGAGUAUCUAGUAAAGCCGGUUGGUGAGGGUGAAGACGAGGAGGACGCUAGUGAUUUUGAACCGGAGGAGAAUGGUGUGGAAGAAGACGUGGAUGAGGAGGAUGAAGAUGACGAUGUUGAUGAUGAUGUCGGUAACUUGUCUGGCGGCAAAUCUGAGCCUCUGGCAAAGAGGAAGAGGGUUGCCAAGGACCAGAGUGAGGAAGGAGGAGCUGUUGCUGCUGCUGCUGAUGACGUUAGGCCUGCUAAACGUUAGUUCUAAUCUCUGUCAGAGAAGGAGAGACCAGAACUGGAUUCAGAGUUUUCACAAUGUAGUUUUUCUAAUCUAAUGGUAGUUUUGCUUCAGAGUUGUAAUGGAUUGUUGUUUCUUUCAUGUUCCCUAAGACAGCUUCAGACAAGUUUAGUUAAGUGUUGAAUGUUUUCUUUUAGUUGCCCGUUGUUUCUUGAUCUUUGUUCUUUAACGUUGCUAUUAUGAGACUUUGUUAUGCAAAUUUCAUGACAAAACACUUAA